GUCUCGCGGCCGCCGGACCGUUGCUGGUUCCCGCCCGUCGCAGCCCGUUGCGUCCUUGCUUUGUGUGCACAGAGAUACCAUGCAGUCUUCCCCGACUCACCCCAGUCUGUUCCCUGCUGCUGCUGACCGAGGUGGCAGAGAGCCCAGGAGCUCCCAGCCAGCAGAGCAUGGCUGGGCCUGGGGUGUCCGCCAGCGCCUUGCUGCCCAGCUCCAAGAGACAGGCAGGCCUGACCCCCAGCACUUGGAUGCGCUCGUGGCAGAGCUGGUGGUUGUGUUUGCGACGGUGCUGCAGAGGAGCAGCCGAAGUGCCUGGCUGCACCUGCUGGAUGUCCUGCAGCUCCUCAGCCCGUUCCGGGAGCAUCUGCGUUGCCGGAAGGAGCUGCUGCCCUACCUGGAGAGCCUCUGUCACCAGUACCACCGCAGUCAGGCCCUCGUGUCUGACCUAGAUGUCCUGGGAGCCAUGGGCCAGGCCUUCCCCAGGGACCACUCGGAGCUGUGUGCCCAUCUACUUUCUGCAGGCUGUAGGGAUCCAGUGCCCCCAGCCAAUCUGCUCCCUGUUGGCUCAGAGCCAGCCUUCGCAGGGCAGCCCUGCCCCUUUGUCCUAGAGCAGGAGGUCGAAGAACCAGCAGCCGUGUGCCAGCCAGGCCCAGUGUCUUUGCAGGAGCUGCAGAGAUGUGUGGGUCUGGUGGGCAUGGAGCUGGCUCAGGGUGAGACCCAGUGGAAAGGCAGCCUGGGCCUCAUGUCCCUCGCCCUUGGCACAGAGGUGCCUGUGAAGUAUUGCUGUACCAAGCUGAGGCUCCUGCCAGACCCAGGCCGAGAGGCUGCUGCACCCGCCCCACAGGUGGUGGAAGGAGAGCAGGGCUUCUCCUGGCAGUCCCUGACGGGGCUCCAGGCUGCUGAGAUUUUUGUGAGAAACAGGCACUUGGGGAAAAUCAACUUUGUCUACCUCAACAUUGCCCCCAACAGGCACUUCAGGCCCUACGACCUAGUUGUGGUUCCUAAACGCCAGGCCAACUCCCAGCACUAUGUCUUCUCCCCCUUUGGGGUGCUGCAUGUGCAUCCUGAAGAAGGUGCUGAGGCCCUGACACUUGGAGAGUGGCACCGAGAGGCCACACUGUGGCAGCUACUCCAGUGCAUCCCAUUCUUCAGGCACUGCCUCGUCCGCAAAGCCUUUGUCCGCUGGUGGCAGAAUGUGAAGCACCUGCAGCUGCUGAGACGCCAGGAAGCCCUGGGCAAGCAUCUGCUCCUGGCUGUGCCCCACUUUGGAGCAGCACUGCUCCACAUCUCCAGACUCCUGCAGGAGCUAAGAUCUGUACACUGGUUGCCCCAGGAUGACUCCAAAUGCUACACCUUCCCGGAGCUACAGCGGGCCCUGGCUCAAGAGAAUGGCCGUGCCCGAGGCCUGCUCAGGAGGUUCCUCACCCUCUGCUCAGCCAUUCUCGAGCUGGUGCGGGAUGACACCUACAAGACAGUGCACGGGCUGCAGACCCAAGUGCAGCGCUACAAGCUCUACAUCACCAAGGAGUCCCUGUAUAAGCAGAGAGUCCACUACAGGAACCUGGAGAGGAGGCUGAAGGAAGCCGAGUUCUGGAUGCAGAGGCUGGGCAGCCUGGCCCAGCUGGUGAACCUCCUGACCUGCCAGAACCUGGUCUCCAUCGUGCAGGAAGAAGUCACAGCGUUCGUCAGCAACGUCAUGAAGGCCAAUGGUACCAUGCGGAAGGCUGUCCUCCGAGUGCACCUGGUCUUUGACGCUGACAGCCAACUGGUCCCCUUUCCCUCCAGUCAGGUGCUGGAAACCAGCUUGCUGGGGGCCCUGGAGGCCGUGGUGGAGUCUGUACUGCAGGUAACCCGCACCAGGAAGGAGAAGCCAGUGACCCAACCUGAGCAGAGUCCUGGAGAGACAGAGACUCUCAGAAGUCAGGACUUGGCAGUGGUGCUGUGCAAUCCCCAGCCAAGUGCCCUUCGAGAAGCAGAUAAAGGAGGCCCUGAGGCCCUGGCCCCCGAGUCCCCCAAUGAGCUGCUCCAGAGUCUGCCUGCUGAGGUGCUCUGUGGCCAGGAGCCACAGCUGGUGCACCAUCUGGAUCUGAAGGUCAUCGGGGGCCUGGAGGUGAGUGGGCACCGGCUGAGGAGCCAGUACCCAGUGCCGUCGAGGGAGCAACUGGAGCAGGACCUGCGUUCAGACAGCAGCAUCCAGGAGGCCCUGGCCAGCCAGCGGGCUUUGCUGGCGGAGGCACUGAGUGAGACUCAGGAGAUCUGCAAGCAGCACACGUGGGUGGCAGAGAUCCACAGCUUUGCUCACAGCUGGAGCCCCAAGCAGCUGGAGCUGAUGAAGGGCUGGCCUGCGGGCAAAUAUGUGCAGCGAGUCGUACAGCUGCGUGCCUGGGCAGAACGUGUCAGAGAGGUGCCCUCCAUGGUCAUCACCUGCAACCGGCUCCUGUUGGUGGAUUGCAGCAGCGUGCAGCAGGAGAUUGUGCCCCUGCUGUACUCCGUCAUCAAAGAGAUCCUCUCCCUGUUGUUCAGCGAGACGUCCCAGCGCAGCGAGAUCCUCAUUUCCCAGCUGGGUGGGGUCGUGCAGCUCUACCAGAGCGUCAGCACUGACAUCUUCACCAUCGCCAAGUGCUCCCAGAAGCUGGAGCAAUACCAGGGCCAGAUGACAGAGCUGCAGGAGCGCGUGGAAUAUGUGCGAGCUCUGAACGAGGUGAUCCGUCAGCACUUCCGCCCACUCAGCCUGAAUGAGGAGAACCUGGAGAACCUGCUCCUGGACACCUGGGAGGCCUUCGUCUACCAGCAGCAGGAGGCCUCAGACUUCAUUGUCUCACGGCGUCUCAGCAUCAUUACGGAGCUUGUCGACUCACUGCAGAGAGCCAGGCAGGAGCUGCAGGAGUUGCUGACCACGGCCACCACAGGGCAGUUCCUGGACCCCUCCCAGAGCCCGCGUGCAAUGGAGCAAGAGCUGCGAGAGCUGCACCGCCGCUUCCAGGCCAUGGCCACCCGUGUAGCUGAGCUGUGCCGCUCCCAGAGGAUCCUCACAGGGGAGCGGACAGACGUCUCCUUUGUGGCCAGGAGCCGGGGGCUCAUUGAAGCCCAUGAGCACGUCUGGAGGCUGCUCCGCACCAUCUCUGAGCAGAUCACUGAAUGGAGGUGCCUCGCCUUCAGCAAGUUCAACACCCCCCUGGCCACAGAGAAGAUGGCUGAGUGGCAGAGGGAAGCAUCCCACAUGGAAGAGUCCCUGCCUACCGAUCACCCCAUCCUGCAGGCCUGUGUGCACAUGAUCACUAGUUUCCAGCAGUUUCUGCCCCUACUUCAGAAGCUGGCCAGCCCACUCAUGAAGAGUAGCUGCUGGAGGGAGUUCUUCACGGCAAUGGGAGUGAAGUGCCCUGUCAACCUGCAGUUCACGCUGGGCCAGCUGCUGUCCUACCCGUUACUGGAGCACAGCGACACCAUCCUCAAGAUCUGGUCAAGUGAGCGAGGCCGUUGCCGCUCCCUGGACAUCCUGCGCCGGCUGCAGAAGAUCUGGGCUGAGAGGCAGUUCCGCUUGGUCAACUUCAUCCUGAGUGUGCCCUACCAGGCCCCACUGGCCGACCGUGCCCGCCGGCCGCCCAGCAGGCGCUACCGCCCGCCCAAACAGGAGUAUGUCUCCAAGGACAGCGGUACCUUUGUGCUGGCUGACACAGCAGAACUCAAGGCCCUGACAGAGAAAAGCCUGCUAACCUUGAAGAACAUCAUCCUCUCACCCCACGCCAUGGAGCUCCGGGAGGAGGCAGAGAGCUGGACCAGUAUCUUGCGUGGAUUUGGAGCCCUGCUGGAUGUCUGGGUCAGUUUCCAGCGGAAGUGGGUUUUCCUGAAUAUCGUCCUGUAUGAGAUGGACAUCAGUCUGCCCAGCAGUGAGCUGGACUGCCUGUUCCAGAAGCUGGACAGCGAGUUCCGGGAGCUCAUGCAGGUGACAUCCAAGCACCCCCUGGUGCUAUCCAGCAUGAUGCCUAUGGCCACCUCCAACCGGGAGAGCCGCUUUAUGGGUGCUCCCCUGCAGACCAUGCUGAGUGAGGGGGUUGAGGACUUGCAGCUCAUCAUCCACGCAUUGGAGUAUGUGCUGGAGGCUACGCGCAUGGGCUUCCCCCGCCUCUUCUUCCUCAGCAACACAGAGCUGGUGGCUAUGAUGGCCUCACCUGCGGAGCCCAUGGAGGUGACCACCUGGGCCCACCGCUGCUUCCCAGCUGUGCACCGGCUGGCCUUCUGUGAGCUCUCAACCACUCAAGAGCCUGCCACCUAUGCUGUCCUGCUGCCCAUGAUAGAGGCCACGGGCCUGGUGGGAGCCUGUGGGGAGACAGUGCCGCUGUGUUCCCCGUUGCUUCUCAACCAGAAGAUCACUAAAUGGUUGUGUGCCCUGGAGCAGGGCAUGAAGGAGGCCCUCUUCCACCUGCUGCAGGCAUGCAUGGCCCAGCGCCUGGCCCUGCGGCCCCAGCUCGACGUGGCCUUCGAGCAGUGCCCAGCUCCCACCGAGCUGCCACUGCAUCUGCUUGUGGAGCACUGGGGGCAGCUGGCAACAGGCUUCCCGGCCCAGUGCGUGCUGCUGGCCGAGGAGGCCUUGUGGUUUGCGGAUGUGCAGGAGCGGCUCUUCGGCCCCGUGCGCAGGCCUGGCCUCAAGCUCAAGCACCGACUCAAGCUGGAGGCCCUGGCCCACUAUGUCCGCAGCUACCGCAGCAGCCGCGCCGGGCAGCCGGGCAGCGGCCAGCUCAGCAUGCUGCUGGGGACCCUGCUUACUGUCACCGUGCGCCAGCGUGACGUGCUAGCCCACCUGCUGCAGCACAAGGUCGACUCACCCACCGCCUUUGCCUGGGCCCAGCUGCUCAAGUACCGGCUGGUGCUGCACCCCGCGAGUGCCAGGGCAGUCGGGGCCCCCCUUGAGAGCUGGGCUGCCAGCCCCCCCGGCUGCUGGGCCGAGAUCUUUGACAUCCGCCUGCACUACGACUAUGAGUAUGUGGGGAACUGCCCCCACCUGGUGGGGAGCCCCCAGCUGGAGAGGAGCUUCCUGGGCUUAUUGCUCGCCCUGGAGGAGUUCCGCUGUGGCGCGGCUCUGGGCUGCCACGGGGUCGGGAAGACAGCCACCAUGCAGCACCUGGCCAGGGCUCUGGGGCGCCAGCUUGUCACCCUGCACUGCUCCCAGCAGAUGAGCCUGGACUGCCUCCACCAACACCUGAGUGGGGCUGUGCAGGCUGGCGCCUGGCUGCUGCUGGAGGCUGUGGACCAGCUGGGGCCCAGUGUCCAGUCAGGGUUCAGCCAGCUCCUGUUGGACCUGCAGAUGCUCUGCAUGGGCCUGCAGGCGGAGAAGGGCCAGGUGACCCCCAGCCACAAAUCCAAGAGCAGCGAUGGGGAGGGGCAGGAGCAGCCUGCCAGGGCCCUGCCAGAGCUGGGCCUGGAUGAAGCAGAGCCGUACCAGCCCCGCGUGCUGGGCAACAUCCUCUUCGGGGAGCGGUUGCUGCGGGUCAGGGAGACCUACGGGUGCCUGGCCACCCUGCAGCGUCUCCCUGAGCUCCUGCGCCUGGCCUUGCGCCCCGUGGCCCUGCUGCCCCCUGACCUGCACAAGGUGGCCGAGGUGACCUUGUUGGCAGCUGGCUUCCGGGAAGCCGCACACCUGGCCAAGAAGCUGAGCUAUUUCUUCUGGCUGCAGGGGGAGCUGGGCCCGGGCCCUGCACUGUGCCGGCUGGCCCUGUUCAAGGGGAUCAUUGAGGCAGCCAUUGGCAUUGCGUAUCCGCCUGUGGUGAGGCCAGAGCCAGAGCCCGGGGAGCAGCUCACAGCCCAGCAGUCGUCCUUUGAGAGCCUGGCUGAGGAGCCUGCCCUCGUCCAAGCUCUCUGCCUCUCACCCUUCUUGUCUGCCCUGGAGGACCCCCAGCUGAGCAGAGUGUGGGAGCUGCUCCGAGGGGUCUUCCCUGCUGCCUGCUCCCUGGUCCCCGAGGUUCAUGCACCCCCCAGGCUGCUGAGUGCUGUGACAGCACAGCUGCACGAGGACAAGCUCCAUGCAGACCCUGAGCUCACCAGCACCAUAGUGCAGCUUUGCCAGGCCCUGCUGGGCUCACCGGGGGUCCUGCUGGUGGGGCCGUCUGGCAGUGGCAAGACCACAGCCUGGAAGACCCUGGCUAAGGUGCUGAGCAGGCUGGCUGUGAGUGAGUCCCUGGAGCUGGCGCCAGGAGUGGGCAGGCCAGGUACUCGGCAGGAUGUGGCAUACCUGCCCAUCAGCACUGUCUGCCUCUGCCCCAACAGCCUCAGCACUGCUGAAUUCCUGGGCAGGCUUGUGGGAGGCAUCUGGAAGGAGGGCGUUUUCUCCAGGCUCCUGCAGAGAAUGGCUUCCUCAGCCCCUGCCACUGGGCUGGGCAUGUCAGGCACCCAGCAAUGGCUGGUGCUGGACGGGUCUGCCAGCUCCGAGUGGCUGGAUCCCAUCUCGUCGCUGUUCAGUGUAGAGCCCACUCUCAGUCUGCCAAGUGGGCAGCGGCUCCAUCCCCCAGAGGGUGUGAAGUUCCUCUUUGAGCUGCCUGAUGUCUCCAACAUCUCACCAUCCAUCUCCACAUACUGCGCCCUCCUGCACUGCGGGGGCUCGUGUGUCUGGCGAGCACUGCUGGCCUCAUCCCUAGCCACCAUCUACCACACGUACAGCGUGAGCCAGGAGAGCGUGGUCAUGCUGCGUGGCCUCGCUGAGGAAGUCUUCCCCCCCACGCUUACCUUCCUGCAGCAGCAUUGCAGCUGUGUGCUGCAGCCUCACGCCGACCUGCGCAGCCCCAUAGCCUGGGGCAUCCCAGAGACUACAACCUUCACCAGGCUCCUGAAGGCUUUGCUGGACAAACACCUGAGCUAUGACAAGACGAAGGCCCAGCCCCUGAGAAGGGAGGACCAGGCAGUGGUGGAGAACAGCGGUGCUGGGGUCUCAGCUGUCCCAUCACACUGGGGCUUGGAUGAAGCUGUCCCGCCCCAUCACCACCUGCUUGUCCGCAGCAUCUUCGUGUUUGCCUACAUCUGGGGUUUCAGUGGCCACCUGCACCCCAGACAUUGGGCCCUCUUUGACAGCUUUGCCCGUAGAGUCCUGUACAGCAGCAGCUACAUCAUAGAGCUGCCUUCAGCCAACUCUGUCUUUGACCUCUAUCCCCAGCCUGAGGAUGGGAAACUGGAGGUCUUUGAUGGGAAGUAUCUGUCCGGCAGAAUCAAGGCAGUUCCUGUGAGCUUCACCAUCCUGCCCCAGUACGAGCGGUUCCUCUACGUGCUGGACCUGCUCCUGGGUUCGAGGCAGCCAGUGCUCCUGGCCGGGGAGCCUGGCUGCGGCAAGUCGUCCUUCGCGGAGCUGAUGAUCCAGCCCAAUCACUCCUACCAUCGUGUCGCCAUCUCGCCUGCCCUCGGUGCGGGCUACGUGCGCCGGCUGCUGGAGAGCCAGAUCCUAAGCAGCAUGCGGGACAAGGCCCUGUUCACCGGCCUCCCUGGAUCCCGGGCCCCUGGCACCAGGGGCGGGAGGAGCUGCUACCUGCUCCUGCUGGAUGACCUGCACGCCGCCGAGCUGGAUGCCAGGCAGGGAAGUCACCCCGUGGUGGAGACCCUGCGCCAGGCCCUCUCCCACCAGGAGGUCUACAGCACCGAGAGCCUGGAGCUCCGACACAUCCCUUCAGCAGAGUUCAAUUGCUUUGGCUUGGUGGCUGCUCCAGCAAUUGGCGUGCACCCCCUCUCCCCUCGCUUCACUCGGCUCUGCAGCAUCCUCUCGCUCCCCAGCGUCUCCAGGGAGUCUCUGAUCAGCAUCCACAGCCCCCUGGUCCUGGCCUGGCUGGAGAAGUUCCCCCUCCUGGCCAGGCACAGCGAGCUGGCCACUGCCCUGGUGGGGGCCACUGUGGACGUGUACGAGGCCGUGAAGGCCAGGUUCCGCCCCUCCCCCACCUGCUCCCCCUACCACUUUUCCUACCACCACAUCGAGAAGGUUCUCAGGGGCCUCUUUCUCCUGCGGCCCUGCCCCGGGAUCCACCUCACCAGCCCCUUGGAGGAGCCCAGCGCGCCCAAGGCUUCAAAGCGAGGCCAGCCGGGGAUAAGCCUGAGCCUCACACUGAGCACCCGGGUCAUCGUCCGUCUCUGGCUGCACGAGUCGCUGCGCACCUUCUGCGACCCGCUGCUCUCGGAGCGCGAGCGGCAGGAGUGUGGGCAGUUGCUGCUGGAUGUGGCUGCCAGCAGCUUCUGCACCAAGAGGAGCGUGCUGAGGGUGAUCACCACCAGCGACAGGGAGCCGCAGCAGUGCGAGCGAGCCAGGAGCGACACGGAGCUCGGCGGGAGAGACGCUGCCAUGGAGCUGGGCGCUGAGAGCCAUGAGGAGCCUUCCUCGCAGAGCAGCAGCGAUGGGGACUGCCCAGACACCUACGAUCCCAUAGACCAGGCCCCCGCCCUGGCCCUGGACCGGCCGGACGCUGCGCCCUCUGGGGACUCUGCCCUGGCUGCACUGGAGCCCGAGGGGGCAGAGGCGACUGGGAUGAGGAGAGUGGCUUCCAUCCAGCCCUCUCCAGCCCUGCGCCCUCAGUUCCAGGAGCAGCACCUGGCCAUGGGGCGCCGCACCAGCGCCCGCCAGACCACCCCUCUGAAGAGCAAGCGCAGGCACUCUACCAAGAAGGACAACACCAAGCCCCUGCUGCCCUCCCACCUCCUGCUGCUGCCAGGGGAGGACGUGCGCAACAUCCUCUUCAGCAGGGAGCUGGCGCUGGCCUCCCCCAGCCGGGAGAGCCUCUACCAUGAGAGGUGCUGGGACGCCAUCCAGCAGCAGCUCAGCGCCUUCCUCCCCAGGGGCUUUGUGCUGUGCAGAGAAGUCACCCAGCACCUGGUGCGCCUGCUGCGAGUGCUGUGCUGCCCAGAGGGGCACGGCGCCCUCCUCUCCCUGCACCUCUCCACUGGCAGGAGGUCCCUGGUGGCCUUGGCUGCCCAUGCCACUGCCUCCCAGCUCUUUGAGCUGACGGGGCAGGCAGGGGAGCGGGAGGUGAGGGAGCUGAUCAGGAAAGCCAGCUGGCAGGCUGGGAUCCUGGACACGAGAGUCGUGGUGCUGGUGCACCAGGGGGUGGGGCUGGGCACCAUGCAGAAGUUGGUGGAUCUGAUGAGAGAGGGCACCUACCCUGGCCUGUAUACCACUGAAGACACUGCACACAUCGUGAAGGAACUGCUGCAGGAGAACCAGAACAUCAAAAGAACGAUGAGGCCAAACAUGGUCCUGCAAAGGUUCUACCAGUUUGUGAGGAACAAUCUGCACAUGCUGCUGCUGCUGGAUGGGCGCAAGGGCUGGGCACAGGGCAGGGGGCCCUUGGGUUACCCCACAGCCAUGGCCACAGCCCUGCUCACCCUCCCCUGCAGCAUUGACGUGUACCAGCCCUGGAGCCAGGAGUCCUUGGUGCAGGUGGCUACCCAGCACCUGGAAGAUGCCCUCAACCAGCAGCCCCUGAAGAGCCCAGUCCCAGCGUCACUGCAGGCCCUGGAGAAUUCGCUUGCCAGCAUUGCCUCAGCCAUGGCUCUGAUUCACUGCUCUGCCAGCUGCUAUGCCACACACUUGGCCCCCGGCACGCCCCUCAUCACCCCAAAGACCUUCCUGGAUUUCCUCGAUGCUUUCCUCAUGCUAUCAGCACAGUUGCAGAGGCAGAGCCGGACUCAGGCUGAUCGGAUGAAGCUUGCUCUGACCAAGUUGCAGGCAGUGAGUGAGAAGCAGCGGGAGCACAGCCGGGACAUCAAGUACUUGCAGGAGAAACUUCGCAUGGCCAAGGAGCAAGUGGCCAGGUGCCAGCGGCGGGCAGAGCGUGAAGAGGUGGUGCAGAAGCAGCAGGAGCAGGAUUGUCAGCACCGCGAGGCACGCAUCGAGAUCCUUACACAGGAGCAGCACCUGUUGGAGCAGAGCAAGGAGUCUGCCACGAGAAAGAUGAACACGGAGUACAAGGCGGCACUGACUGGACUGCAGGUGCAGGACAUUGAGGAGUUGCGGAGCUACCGAUUACCACCCGCAUCCAUCCUCAGGGUGACGGAUACCCUGUGCAUGAUGUUCAGUAAGGAGCCUGGCUGGGAGAGUGCCAAGCAGCUGCUCGGCCAGGAGGACUUCUACCAGGAGCUGCUCUUCUACCCAAAGGAUGAGCUCCCCAAUGACCUGUUCCAGGAGCUGGGCCAGGUGGUGUCAGACGAGAGCUUCUGCGCUGCCUCCCUGCAGAGCGUCAGCAAAGCCGCGGCUGCCCUGUGCCAGUGGAUCUGUGCCAUCUACUGGUACCACCGGGCUCUGCGCAUUUGGGAGCCCACCUUGAUGCAGCUGCAGCACUGCAAGGUCCAGAUUCGGGCGGAGAAGGGGCGGCUGGGCGACCGGCGCCUGCAGGCUGAGAAGCUGAAAGAAUUGAGCUCGGGCUGGGGCGUGGAGCUGCUGCAGGCCACCGAGCAUCAGGAGGCCCUGGCCCGCGACCUCAAUCACGUCCUGCAGGAGAAGGAGAAGGCUGACACCGUUGAGAGCUCGGUGGCAAUGCACGUGGCCAACUGGACGGCGGCUGUGGAGCGAUUGGAGCAGAACUGCAGCACCGCCCAGGGGGACGCUCUCCUUUGUGCAGCCGCUCUCUCCUACGGGGGCGCCUUCCCCCCGCCGCGGCGCCAGGAGCUGCUGGAGAAGUGGCAGGAUAUCUGUGCCAGGCGCCAAAGCUCCCUGGGGCCAGACGAUGUGAGGAGGUUGCUGGAGAAGGAGCUGCCUUGCCCUGGCCCAGCCCCCCGGGGCCCACCCCUGCUGCCUGUGCGCCAGGACUUCAGCCUGCUAGCCCUGCUGAGCUCAGAGAGGGAGCAGCGUGCUUGGGACAGGGACCAGAAGCCACAGGACCCGGCUGGGCGCCAGGCCGCCCUGCUGCUCCACACAGACACUCAUGCCUGCUCCCGCUGCUGGCCCCUGCUGCUCGACCCUGAUCAGCAGGCCCUCACCUGGCUCCUCAUGGCACAGAAAGCAGAGGAGGAUGAGUCCCUGAUCUUUGCUGGCUCGGAUACGCUGUCCAGUGCCGAGGAGUCAGGGAGCAAUGAAGAGUCACCUGAGAAAAAUCUCCAGGUGCUGUCGGCUACAGACCCCAGGCUGGAGCAGACCCUCUUGGCUGCAGCCAGUGCCGGGCUGCCCAUCCUGCUCCUGGACUUCGAGAGGAGCCCCUGCUGCCCUGCUCUCCUUCAGCUCCUGCAGAAGGAGACGCUGCUGGGGGAAGGGGGCAGUACCCUGCACUCAGAGUCACUUGGGGCUGUGCAGGUGCUGCCGUCUUUCCGGCUCUACCUCAGCACCACCCUGCCGCUCCGUGCCUUGGGGAAAGAGAUGGACCACGCGCUCCUGAAGAGCCUGAUUGUGAUUGACUUGAGCCUCAGCCAGUCAGCCCUGGAGGAUCUGCUGCUGGAGGAGGUGCUGCAGGCCGAGAGGCGGGAGGCCCAGACCCAUUGGCGCAUGCUGCAGCUGAGCAUCCUGCAGCUGGAGGACCAGCUGGAGGACACGGAGGCGCUGUGCACCGUCAUGCCGUGAAGCUGUUCUGCGAGACGCCCCAGGAGCUGAAGAGUAUCCUGCUGCGCAGCUACAGCCAGCUGCUGGGCCAGCCGG